AUGGAAAAAAUGAAUAACGUGACUGAAUUCAUCCUGUUGGGUUUGACCCAAAAUAUGGAGCUUCAGAAAAUUUCAUUUGCUGUGUUUUUGAUUGUGUACCUAGUCACGUUGGUGGGUAACUGGCUCAUCGUGAUUACCAUUGGCACCAGCAGAGCCCUAGGGUCCCCCAUGUACUUCUUCCUGUCCUAUUUGUCCCUCAUAGAUAUUUGCUGCUCUUCAUCCAUGACUCCUAAGAUGCUGGCUGGCUCUCUGUCUCUGAGAAAAUCCAUCUCUUUCAGCGGGUGCAUGACUCAGGUCUUUGCUGAGCAUUUUUUUGGUGCUGCUGAGAUAAUCCUUCUCACAGUGAUGGCCUAUGACCGCUAUGUGGCCAUUUGUAGACCCCUGCACUAUGCCAUCAUCAUGAACCGACAGGUGUGCAGCCUCCUUGUGGGAGUGGCUUGGGCUGGAGGCUUUGUCCAUGCAACCAUUCAAAUCCUCUUCACAGUCUGGCUGCCCUUCUGUGGCCCCAAUGUCAUAGACCACUUUAUGUGCGACUUGAACCCUUUGUUGAAACUUGUCUGCAUGGACACCCACAUUCUUGGUCUCUUUGUUGCUGCCAACAGUGGCUUCAUCUGCCUGUUGAACUUCCUCCUCUUGGUGAUGUCCUAUGUGGUCAUCCUGUACACUCUGAAGUCUCACAGCAUGGAGGGGAGGUGCAAAGCCCUCUCCACCUGUGUUUCUCACAUCACCGUGGUCAUCUUAUUCUUUGUGCCCUGUAUAUUUGUGUACCUGCGCCCGGUGGUCACUUUCUCCAUUGAUAAAGCUGUGGCUGUGUUUUAUACCAUGAUAACUCCUAUGUUAAACCCUCUCAUCUACACUCUCAGAAAUGCAGAGGUGAAAAAUGCUAUGAAGAAACUCUGGGUGGAAAUUUGA